AUGCCUGUCCUAGAAAAAAACAUGCAGAAGAAAGAGAAAGAUACAUGCAGUAAAGAUGAGACAGCAGUGCCAAAACUUCCAGUCCCACCACUGCAACAGACCUUACACAUGUACCUACAGUGCAUGAAACACUUGGUGCCAGAGGAGCAAUUUAGAAAGACCAAGGUCAUUGUGGAGCAGUUUGGAAUUGCAGGAGGCCUGGGGGAAUCUUUGCAGCAAAUCCUCGAGGAAAGAAGGGAAAAGACAACAAACUGGGUGUUUAACUACUGGCUGGAUGACAUGUACCUCAACAACCGGCUAGCUCUUCCAGUCAAUUCGAGCCCAGCAAUUAUCUUUGCCCGUCAGUAUUUCAAGGAUGUAAAUGACCAGCUGAGGUUUGCUGCCAAUCUAAUUUCAGGAGUGCAAGACUAUAAAGCUUUACUGGACACCCAUGCUUUACCUGUUGAUUUUGCUCGUGGACAGCUGUCUGGUCAUCCUCUCUGUAUGAAGCAAUACUAUGGACUCUUUUCUUCCUAUCGUCUUCCAGGACAUACCAAAGAUACCCUCGUGGCUCAGAAAAGCAGUGUAAUGCCAGAACCAGAGCACAUCAUUGUUGCUUGUAACAAUCAGUUUUUUGUUUUGGAUGUUGUCAUUAAUUUCCGCCGUCUCAGUGAGGGAGAUCUUUUCACUCAGUUACGAAAGAUAGCCAAAAUGGCAGAGAAUGAAGAGGAAAUGUUGCCUCCAAUCGGCCUGCUGACAACAGAUGGAAGAACAGAGUGGGCAGAAGCCAGGACAAUCCUUAUGAAAGACUCUACUAACCGCGACUCUCUUGACAUGAUUGAACGGUGCAUGUGCCUGGUGUGCCUGGACAACCCAAGCGGGAUGGAACUCACUGAUACAAACAUGGCAUUGCAACUGCUACAUGGGGGAGGCUACCAUAAAAACGGGGCCAAUCGUUGGUAUGACAAACCUAUGCAGUUUGUGGUAGGAAGAGACGGAGUCUGUGGUACCGUGUGUGAACAUUCCCCCUUCGAUGGCAUCGUGCUGGUGCAGUGCACUGAACACUUGCUUAAACACAUGAAAGAAAGCUCCAAGAAAUUAGUCCGAGCUGAUUCAGUGAGUGAGCUUCCUGCUCCACGGAGGUUAAGAUGGAAAUGUUCCCCUGAAAUUCAGGCACAUUUGGCAUCAUCCGCAGAAAAACUCCAAAGGAUAGUAAAAAACCUGGACUUUAUCGCCUACAAAUUUGAGAACUAUGGAAAGGAAUUUAUUAAGAAACAAAAGAUUAGCCCGGAUGCCUACAUUCAAGUAGCACUUCAGCUGGCAUUUUACAGACGCCACAGGAGACUUGUCCCUACCUAUGAAAGUGCUUCCAUACGUCGAUUUGAUGAGGGCAGAGUCGACAACAUUAGGUCUGCUACCUGGGAAGCAUUUGCUUUUGUAAAAGCAAUGACUGAUGACAAGACAGCUCUAUCGGAUUCCGAGAAGAUGCAGAGAUUUAAGGAUGCAAUUGCAGCUCAGACUAAUUACACUAUUCUGGCUAUUACUGGAAUGGCAAUAGACAAUCACCUGCUAGGGCUCAGAGAGGUGGCACGGGAACACUUCAAGGAACUGCCAGAGAUAUUUACAGAUGAGACAUAUUUGACAAGCAAUAGAUUCAUUCUCUCGACCAGCCAGGUUCCAACUACUACGGAAAUGUUCUGCUGCUAUGGGCCUGUGGUGCCCAAUGGUUAUGGGGCAUGUUAUAACCCUCAGCCAGAGCAUAUAUUAUUCUGCAUCUCAAGCUUUAAAGACUGUAAAGAAACCUCCUCAGACAUGUUUGCAAAAGCUGUGGAAGAAAGUCUCCUAGAAAUGAGAGAUCUGUGCAGCAAAUGCGACUCUACUAUGGCAAAGCCACUUGCUAAACAAGAAGCAGCCACACAGCUGCAGGGUGACCGCAAACUCUAA